CAACAGUCCUUAGAGGUGGCUCUUUCUUCCCGUGGCGUUUUCUAACAGAACCGGCCCUGUCCUGGGCUGUGUCGUGGGCCGACCUGUGCUGACCAGGUCACAUCCCCUGUAUCGUCAUCCUGCACCUCCGGGAAGACCCACUUUCUCUUCCCCAAAUUCUGCGAGGGGGCGUGGAGUAACCACAGGCUUUCUCGCCCUGAGACUGCUGUGGUUAGUACAUACCGGCGGCAAAGAUGCCUGGGAAAAGGUCCCUAAAUGCCGCAGUCAUCCGGAGUGCCAAGGAACGGAAAGCAAUCACCCUCGACGUGAAGUUAGAAGUGUUAAGACGGUUUGAAGUGGGUGAGAAGCUCAGCCAGAUCGCAAAGGCCUUAGGCCUUGCUGUCUCUACUGUGGCGACCAUCAGAGAUGAUAAAGAUAAAAUCAAAGCGAGUUCACAAAUAGCCACUCCUUUGAGAGCCUCGCGGCUGACUCGUUACCGAAGUGCAGUCAUGGAGACCAUGGAGCGGUUGUUGCGCGUGUGGCUCGAAGACCAGAGCCAGCGAAACGUGCCGAGUGUCACCAUUACUCAGAAGAAGGCCAGGAGUUUGUUUGAUGACUUACAGCGUGAGCAAGGUGAAAGCUCUCAAACAGAAAAGUUUACUGCAAGUAAAGGAUGGUUUGUGAGAUUCAAGGAACGCCACUGUUUGCCCCACUUCAAGAUGAACAUCUCAGCUCCUGCCAAGGAGGAGGAAUAUCCAGAAAUACUGAAGAGCAUCAUUCAGGAAGGUGAGUACACCCCCCAGCAAGUGUUUAAUGUGGAUGAGACAGGUCUUUAUUGGAAAAGAAUGCCUGAAAGAACGUUUCUUUCUGUAGAAGAGUGAGCCGAGCCAGGAUUUAAAUCAUCCAAAGAUCGCUUGAUGCUGCUUCUUGGUGGCAAUGCAGCUGGGGACUUCAAGUUGAAACCCCUAUUGGUGUACCACUCAGAAAACCCCAAGGCUCUGAAGGGGUACUCCAAGCCCAAUCUGCCCGUGAUUUGGCGCUCAAGCAGAAAGGCCUGGGCAACCAGGAGCAUCUUUCAUGAAUGGUUCACAUACUUUUUUUGCCCUGCCAUUGAGAAAUACUGUGCCCAAAACAACCUGACCGACAAAGCCCUGCUCAUCUUAGACAAGGCACCAUGCCACCCAGUCAAUCUGAGCGAUCUGUCUGAUAAUGUAAGAGUGGAAUAUCUUCAUGACAGCACAGCUGACUCGAUCCAGCCCAUGGGUCAAGGUAUAGCCUCUGCCUUCAGAGCUCAUUACCUAAGAAGGACUUUUGAGCACAUCCUAGAAGCAACAGACGGGGAGGAUACAGCAGAGAUCAGGGAAUUCUGGAGAAACUACAGCAUUGUGGACGCUGUGGACAACAUCGCAGUAGCCUGGGGGGAGCUCACACCAGCAACAAUGAACAGUGUGUGGAAGAAGAUUUGGCCUGAGUGUGUUCAGUUCCAGAGUGCUUCCCAAACAGAUGGCAUUGCACAGCUUCAACAAAAUACUGUGAUCCUUGCCAAGAGUGUGGCUGUUGGAGAGGUGGGAGAAGCUGAUGUGGACCAGCUGCUGCAGUCCCACGAAGAGGGUCUCUCAGACGAGGAGCUGAUGCAAGAGAGCAGGAGCCCGCAGGAGAGGAGGAGGAGGGCGAAGAGGCUGCCCCUGCCCUGCGCCAACUAACCUCACGGGAGCUGUCAGCAGCCUUCUCACAUUUUGAGGCCGGCUUGCAGGUCCUUACCAGUAACAGCCCUGAUGCCGCAUGGAAACUGCAAGUUUCAAGAGCAAUCAAUGAUGCAAUAAGCUGCUACAGGGAGCUGUACAGUGAGAAGGAGCAGCGCUCCAAACAGCUCUCCUAGGCAACCUCGGUACACAACACACUCCACGGCAGGAAGACCAGACACAACAGGGCAACCUCCUGGAUGACACCUGGCCAAGUCUCGGCUUCCAGAUGUUUAACAUCCUUGAAAACCCUGCUUCUGGUGCGUUCAUUUUGACACUAAAGAGCAUCACAUCUUGUUACUGAAAUUGUGCUUAAAUAUGUGCUUUAAGAAGACUGAAAGAACAUCCAGGAAGAGUUAUUUAAAACACACAAUGAGGAGACCAGCCCUGCUAGACAUUGAAACACACUAUAAAACCUGUGAUUGAAUCAAAGAGGUACUCAAACAUGUAGAAUACAAUAGAGAGUCCAGAAGUAGAUACAGAUAGGUUUUUCUUUUUUUCAAUAGUGCAGGACAGCUAGAUAAAAUUUGGCAAAAGCUAGUUAGUUCACACCUCACAGCAUACACAGGAAUAAACAAACAGACGAGGGAUUUGAAUGUAAAAGCUGAAACAAUACAGGUGCUACACAACCCAUGGAUAUAUGCCUCUUCCCCAUGGGUGAUCAGGAAGAUCUUCUGUAACUCAGAGUCCAGAUGAAAUUUAAGAUUAAUCAAUUUGAUGAUAUGAAAAUGUAAUAAAAACUUUUCCAUGAGGAUAAGACACUACAAACUGAGUCAAAGGCAAACAACACACUGGAAGAAAAUUUCUCACAGAUAAUGGGUUAAUAUCUCUGAUAUGUGAAGAACUCUUAAAGAUCGAGAGGAAAAUACAAAAACCCCAUAGAAAAGUAAACAGAAGAUAUAAUUCAUAAGCAAGUAAAUUAGCUCUUCAAACAUAAGAGAAGUGCAGAUGAAACAACACUCAUACCAUUUCUCAUUAUUCAGAUCAGCAAUAAUCAAAAGUAUGGCUACACACCACUGGUUAGGCUGUGGGGUCACAGGCACCCUCGUUCACUCCUGGUGGGAACACAAACUUGUACAUCCCUUACAGAGGAGCAUCAAGCACUAAUACAAAAUAUAUUUAUUUUGAUUUAACAAUCCCACUUUUAGGAGGAUACACUUCCAACAAAAGAAAAUACAGAUGCAUGAAUUUUGUUGCAGCCCUGUUUGCAACUGCAAAACCUAGGAAACAGCCUGAAGAGUCUCAUGUAAAAAGUCAAAUAUGAAAUGGCGCUUGCACACAAUGGAGAGUUAGACAGUUGUAAGUGAUGAUAACUACAAUAAUAAGAGAACAAGGAAGAACUCAACUGAUGUGGAGUGGUUUCCAAGAUAUAUUGUUAAUAGAAAAAAAGCAACAUCAGGAGUAAAGUAUGCUACCUUUUGUGGAAGGAAGACAGGGAAGUGAGAAAAUAUGCAUACAUCGUACUCAUUUGUACAGUAAGAAACAGAGGUGGGAGAAAUCAAACUAAAGAGAUUGGUUCCAGGGGUGGGAUGAGAUGUAACUUUUGUACCUUUUGUGAAGUUCUGACUUUGGGGACCAUGUUAACAUACUGUACAAACAAAAGUAAACAAGGAUGGGAAAAUAAAGCAGUGGACUACCUGAACAGAACCAUAUUUCACAGGAACUGCACACCCACAAUGAAGAAGCAGAAGCAAGUACUUUUUGACUGUAUGCACUCAGGCUAUAGACAAAUAUUAAAGGCUCAUGAGUAGCCUUGUUUCUCACCAGCAUAAGUGAGCAGUCCCAAAGGCGCUUUCUAUGCACUGUCGGACGGAGCAAAUACAUGUACUCUGGGUAAGGGAGCCAGCUUUUCCACUCACUGUCGAGCAAGGAAAUAAUAAACGUGAAAAAGGGAAAGAAUGACUCAUGUUGUUUUGAAAUUGGAAGUUUCACUGUGAACUCAGGGUUUUUAAUGCUUAUAGACCAGAAAAGAAACAGAUAAGGAGCACUAUUUCCACACUAGUGAAAGGACCUAUGGGCAGUGAUCAGCCCAGAAGUGAGCACACCCCACCAUCACGUCCGCCCUCCACCAGAAGGUUCCAGGGCUCCUCAGAGAAAUGACUGGUGUCAGGGCUGGGACUGGGGCAAUUACUAACUAAGCCUGGAACACUUUCCUGUGCUAGAAAGUGCCUAAAGAGUGCCAGGAAGAUAUCAGUCAGCUGACAGGCCAGUGGACCAGAGCAUUUUGAGUAGGACAGAUGACAAACUGGACCCAGUGUCACUUCUGUGAAAUUCCCAUCAAAAGGGCAAAGCCCAUGUCCAGUUGGAAAAACCCUCACUGAAGGAAAGUCUUCAGAAUAAUUUAUCUGUGAUUUUCUGUGUCCUGAGUCCAGAGUGUCCAGAGUGUCCAGAGUCCUGAACCCUUCCAGAUUAAAGGCUAAAAUGACAUGGCAACUAAGUGGCUGAAUCUGAACACAGCUUGUUGUAGGCUUUAUGGUCAGCAUCCAUGUGAGCAUCCUGAUGUCAGUAACCGCACCGUAAUUGUAGGAGGCAUAUCCUUGCUGGGGUAACACAGGAGCACUUAGAGGCAAAGGGGCAUCAUCUGCAACUUCCACCAGAUGGUUCAAAAGAAAGUGUGUGGAGAAAGAGUAAGGCAAAUGGGGAAAAUGUUAACAUUCACGGAAUCCAGGAGAUGGGUACCUGGGAAUGUGUUUGUAGCACUUCUGUAAACCUACAGCUGUUAAAAUUGAAAGUUUAAGAAAAACUCAUCCUCAUACCUGAAGUGGGUGGGUGGAGACUGCAUGCUCCCUCUGAUACCAAAGUGUGGCUUUAGCUGUUUGAAGUGGAGGCACCAGCAUGGGCCCACAGACAGCCCACACACACCCUUCCCCCACCCCUGGCCUUGUGCAGCACACCCCUGAUGUUUCUUUGAGAUCAUCCUCAAAACCAGAGAGAAAUGUACAUACACACAGGUUUGAAUGUCAUUUGGGAGGGGCUUUUGGGUUCUCCUGAGCUCCAAGGGCCCUUUCAGUGAGUCAAACUUGAAGACCAGAGGGGCUUCUGGGAGCUAGACCUGGGACCAGCACUGCUUACAUUGAGUUAACAUGACAGUCUUCCCUCUGGGAGGACUCAGGAAAGAAGACAUAAGUUCUGUUACAGAGCCAGGCUGGGCCCAGCACUUCCUGGAAUCCAAACAACCCCAGAGGGUGUGCUUUAGCACAGCCUACAGAGGUGUCAGCACACUGAUGCCAAGAUCAGGUGCCCAGUUUACACUUGACCAUAUGGGAGGGGGCCUAUGGGCUCUGAGUAACCCUGCAGCAAACCCCACCCUGUCCCCAGCGCCCAGCCCACACGGCUCUCCUGGGAGGCCUGCCCAUGCUAACUGGUUCCUCAGUGGGUUCUGGCUACUGUUGGUCUCAGAAAGACCUACACAUGAUUCUGUUUCAAGAAUCUGUCACCCAGAAGGCAGAUGAGAAGAAGACGUGAUGUGGGAGGAAGUUUAAAAAAAAGAGCCAACCUUGCCCAACAAAUGGCUA